CACCAGCUCCCCUCGGCCUAUUUAGCGGCCGGCAGGCAGUCGGUGUAGACUCAUUUCUUCUUUGCGGCUUUGGGACGCGAGUGAUAAACGCUCCGAGUGGCUGAGCACAACCAUUUCGGACUGCCCGUGUCGUCUGCAAAACGUCGUCCAUUGCGCGUCGUCUGCUCUCGUUUGCCGCUCGCCUUGAGUGUAGCCGACGUCAAUAGUUCGUUUGUGUGAUCCGAGGGAAAACAACGCACGCGUGCGGCAUUCAGAAAACAUGGGCGUCUCGGUCGAUCCGGCAUUUCAAGGAGUCGGGAUGCAGCCCGGCCUGACAAUUUGGAGGAUCGAGAAGCUGGAAGUGAAGCCUGUCGACCCCAAGUUGUACGGAAGUUUCUACUCGGGAGACUCGUACAUUGUCCUCCACACGAAGCAAGCCAAGAGCGGCCGACUUGAGUGGAACAUCCACUUCUGGCUGGGACGAGACACGUCGCAGGACGAAUACACGGUCGCCGCCAUCAAGAGUGUGGAACUGGACGACUCGCUGGGUGGCGCUCCCGUGCAACACCGUGAGGUGCAGGACCAUGAGUCGGACCUCUUCCUGUCGUACUUCAAGACCGGCCUCAGGUACCUGGAAGGCGGCAUUGAGUCCGGCCUGCAGAGCGUGGACAAGACGGUGCAGAAGCGGCUCUUCCAGGUCAAAGGGCGCCGCAAUAUCCGUGUGCGGCAGGUGCCGCUGGCAGCUAGCUCGCUGAACCAUGGCGACUGCUUCGUGCUCGACUGCCGCGACAACGUGUACGUCUUCGUGGGUCACCGAAGCGGCGGUCUGGAGCGGGUCAAGGCCAUCCAGGUGGCCACGGGCAUACGCGACGACGUCCACGGCGGCCGAAGCAAGAUCGACAUACUCGACGAGCACAGCUGCGAGGCCGAGGUGAAUAAAUUCUUCGAGGAACUCGGCUCCGGCUCGCCCGCGGACGUCAAGGAUGCCGCCGAGGGGGGCGACGACGUCGAACACGAACGCUCCAUCGACACCGAGGUCUCGCUCCACAGGAUUUCGGACGCCGAUGGUGAACUCAAAGUGGAAAAGGUCGGCGAUAAACCGCUGUCUCAUACGCUCCUGGACCCCAACGACUGUUUCCUUCUGGACGGCGGCGUGUCCGGUCUGUUCGUCUGGGUCGGCAAAGGGGCGAGCACCAAGGAACGCAAGGAGUCCAUGCUCCUGGCUCAGAAAUAUCUCAAAUACCGGGACUACCCGGAGUGGUCCCAGGUGACACGCGUCAUUUGCGGCGCUGAGCCGCCCAUCUUCAAACAGUACUUCGCCUCCUGGAAGCAAGAGCAGAGCGCCAUCUUCGGCAGGAAGGGUGCGCUCGAUCGCAUCGCCGCGAUGGACAAGACGUUCAACGUGAGUGAGUUGCACCGCGAGAAACGGCGCCUCUUGACCAAGAACCUGGGCAAUGCUUGCAGUUUCAUGCCCGACGACGGCUCUGGGACAGUGGAGAUCUUCCGCGUGGAGAACUUCGAGCUGGCACCCGUAGACCCAGCCAUCUACGGUUUCUUCUUCGGCGGGGACAGCUACAUCAUCAAGUACACCUACAAGAAAGGCUACAGCGAGCGCUACAUCAUCUACUUCUGGCAGGGAAACGAGAGCAGCCAAGACGAAAAGGCUGCCUCCGCAAUCUGGGCCGUGAAGAUGGACAACGACCUCUGCGGAAAGGCCAUUCAGGUGCGCGUGGUUCAGGGCCACGAGCCGGAGCACUUCCUGCGCAUGUUCAAGGGGCGCAUGAUCAUCUUCAGCGGAGGACAUGCCAGCGGGUUCCGCAACCUCCGGGACCACGACACCUACGACGUCGACGGGACGCGCAUGUUCCACGUCAAGGGAACCUCGGACGUUGACGUCCGAGCAGUCCAGGUAGAUGAAGUGGCGGCGUCAUUGAAUUCCGAGGACGUCUUCGUGCUAGAGACACCAAAGACAACCUACCUAUGGCUGGGAGAGUUCGCCGACCCCUCGGAGAUUGCCAUGGGCCACAACGUGGCGAAGCUGGUGUCGCCAGAUAGGAAGGCGGUGGAGCUCAAAGAAGGAUCGGAGCCGGACGAGUUCUGGAAGUCGAUCGGCGGCAAGGGCGAGUACAAGAAGGGGCACCUGGAGGUGCACAACCCGCUGCUCGAGCCCCGCCUGUUCAAGUGCUCCACGGCCGACCGGAAGCUGCGCGUCAUCGAGAUCUGCAACUUCACCCAGGAGGAUCUGGACGUCAACGACGUCAUGAUGUUGGACAGCGGCGAGGAAAUUUACGUCUGGAUCGGCAAAGGCUCCACUGAGGAGGAGAGGACCAAGUCGCUCGAGGUGGCCAUGGAGUACGUGAAGACGGACCCAACAGAGCGAGAUCUGGACAGCACUGCCAUCAUCACCGUAAACCAGGCGCAAGAGCCGGAUGCAUUCACGGCACUCUUCGACCACUGGGACGCCAACCUGUGGGAGGAGCACCACAGCCGACUCGUGGAGGUGAAAACGGAAGAAAACAUUCCCACGUACGAGGACCUUAAGCGCCAAGUCACCCGACUCUGAGCCUCGGGUACCGACGGAAGCCGCCGCCCAGAGCUUCGCCUAAGCGACGCCUUUCUGUACACCUGUUGGGCAGCGAGAGAAAAGCUGUCUGUGCCUUCUCGGUGCCGAACGGCUCGCGACGCUCACUCCCUGCACUCAGCACUUUUCCUUCUUUCUUUCUUUUUUUCCGGAGUCACAUCCGACAGGCGACUUUUGCCGUCGAAGAAGGCCGUUGCGCUUCGCACCGAGUCAGUGUUGUUGAAAAUGAGUACGUCCGCAAUACCCACGAACCGAGUCAUGAAGCCCGUCCGCUAACUUGUCGUAGUACUUCAAUUGUGAGCACGUGUUAAAGGGAGCUCCAGGAUUCGUAAAUGAGCAUAAAUUAGCUGGCUUCGCCAGUUCGUGUGCCUUGUCUAACAAACACGCAGACUGAAAAGAGCAGUAAAGCUCUUGUUCGGGCUAGUUGGUGCAUUCUAGAACACAUAACGAGGCAGCGCGAAAAAACACGGACGAAGAAAAAGGUAUGUACACAGGACGCGCGCAGAUGUUUUCAAGGUGUUGUUUUCAAGGUGUCAAGUGCGGUGGCUUACUCAGGCGUGACCUCUGUGAUUGCCAACACGCGCCAUCUUGGGGGCUGUGAUUGAUGGUGAGAAAUUCGGCGCAAUUUCACAUGCAGCGCUUGUAUCGCCACUGGUUCUUACCGGCAGUGCAAAACAACGUUUCCUGACAGGUCAAAUCCAGUUACUGCAGUUUUCGACUUGCGCCUACUUGACAAACCACGGCUUCGAUUUUGAGUACAGUUCGGUACUGAGCACAGAAAAGCUUUUGUUUCGAGCAAAUUUUUAGUGUAAACUAUAUUGGUGUGCUUAACGCCCCUAAAGGAAUGAAUAGCGUGCGCUUUUCUUAACGUGCUUUAUUGUUCGAGGUGGUGCUGCGGACGUGUAGCGUACUUACGUAACCAUUUCUGUCUUUGCGCAAUGUGGUUGCCAGCCAAAUGCAACAGCUUUUAAUCUGUUAUCUUUCCGAACAAAACCAAUCACACCGCCUUUGCAAGUUCUGCCGCCGUCUUUCACGUGCGCAAGUAUUUUUGCCCUUACGCUGUGUGUAUGAAGAGCACUUAGAAUGAGACGCGACGUUCUGUGUGGUAUUUUGCAAGAUACAUAAACUCUCUCGAUGCACUCGUGUAUUAUUCAGAGUACUGACGUAAAUUAUGUGACAAGCGCAAAUGUGUUUUAGUAUGCUUUGUACUUUUUUUCAAUUUUUAUUACGAAAUAAAGCAUUGAAUCUUGUUA